ACAGCUGAUAUUAGUGAAAAAUUAGUUUGUUUUCUACAUAGUUCUUGUAUUUCUAUUCCACAACAAAUAAUAACAAAAGCAUUUGAAACAAGGUUUUAAAUAUAAAUUGCACUAAAAAUGGCGACUUGCCUUACAAAAGAACAGCUGGAGCUCAAGAAAAUGUUGGAACAGAUUGUUGAUAGUGAUGAAGAUGAAGAGUUGGCAAAAGCGACUGAAGAGGACACAUUUUCAUUUUCGAGCAGUACGGCCUGCUGGGUUUGUAACGGAUACUAUGGACCCAACUUUGAUGAGCCUCUUUGCGGCACUUGUCAUGCUUUCCUCUAUAAUACACAAGCCGCUGAGGAGGAAUUACAGACGACCAUUUCAGAUGAUGAGGACUCGGGCAAUGACGAGCCACCUUUCAAAGACAAGCAAGAGGUGGACGAAGAUGAUGACGACGAUGAAGAUGUGGACGAUGAUGUCGACGACGUGGUAGAGGAUGAUGUAGACGAUGAAGAAGGUGUUGGUAUGCUAGAUCCAGGCAUGCGUAACGUACCCGUUAUUGCGGCUCAUGAAAUGCAAAUUGAUAAUAUGGCGCCUGUGCCGGCAGAUGCUGAACCAAGACGCUCACUUGAACGGGAAGGUGAACGUGGAAAUAUGGCGCUGUUACCUAUACUUCGUCCACGUCCGUUAGCACCACGCUCAUUGCCUGAUUUUCUUGAAUUGCUGAGUGAAAGACGAGCGAAUGCAGGAGAAAUUGUAGCGGCUGUAGCUGCACCGAAUAAUAUACUAAUGCUACCAGUUGAAAUCAUGGUAAUAAUUUUUUCCUAUCUCGAUGAUAUGUCAAUGUGGAAGGCAAGUGAAGUGUGUAAGCAAUGGCGUAGUAUUUUAGAACAGAACACAUCACAGGUGAUGUGGAUGCGUUACUUAAAAGAGCGUUGGCCACUAUUUCAGUGCAUUGUCGAUGUGCCCAAUUGGCUUAAACUAUAUAGUGCUUUAAUGAAUUCCUGCUUUUGUCGUACGUGCUUGCUGCAAAUGGCUUUAAAAUCACCACCACGUGCACGUCAAAAUGCUAUUCGUAUGAACUUUUUACGCAACGAUGCUCAUCAAUUGAACAGUCAUGCAACGGAGGGUAUAGACGCUAUACCCCUAGAUAAACAAAAUACCUAUUGGCAGGCAAGUAUUUUAGGACCUACUGGCAGUCCAUACGAAGGUGGAAAGUUCUUUUUAUAUAUCUUCUUUCCGGAACGCUAUCCGAUGAUACCGCCAACUGUACGUUUUUUAACGAAAAUCUUACAUCCGAAUGUGUCACGUCAUGGUGAUGUGGGCAUAGAUAUCUUCCAACACAAUUGGUCUUUGGCUUUGAAUGUUUCGAAAAUUUUAUUAUCAGUGCAAAGUUUGCUCACAGAUCCAUACACAGAGAUUUGUAUGGAACCCGAACUUGGCUAUAUGUAUGAGCAUAAUCGUGCGCGUUUUGAAAGCUUGGCGCGCUCAUGGACUUGGAAAUAUGCCAUGUUCGAGUUAAUGCCACCUUCUUAAGUAAAUAAACCAAUAUAAUAUCAUAUAUAGGAAUACGAAUACAAACACUUUUAUUUAAUUGGCGUUUUGUAACCGCUGAAGCGAUUUUCGAAUGCACACACUUUUACUAUAUUUAAUAUUAUCGUGCACACUAAAAAGUGAUGUGAAUGGCUAUAUAACAAGCAUUUACGAAUUGUUUAAUAUAUUUAUUUUGAGCACAAAGAAUUGUUUCCAUUAAGUUAAUUUAUUUAUGAAAGCAUACACAAUAUUGAAAUAUGUUUGUUUUCGUUUUGGUUGUGCAGUAUAUCAAUAUGUAGUUAAGAAUAUGAGUAAGAAAUGGACGAAAGAAAAUGGUAUAGAAGUAAUGAAAAUAAUCCUGAAUUUAGACAAUCUCAUUUUAAUUUAUUGUGCUUUUUCCUACAUAUAUACAUAUAUAAUAUUAUUUUUAAAUAACAUUAUUAAUGACUCGAUUAUCAAUAAAUACAUGCAGAAUUUUAUAUAUA